AAGAAGAAGAAGAAGGAAGCGUUUGAGUCUUCCGGUUGUCCAAGAUUGCGCGGAGUAUAUUUCAGUGAAACUGCUAUGGAUAUGAUACGAGGCGCUACUCAGCAGGUGGCGGCGAGCGGGUGCUGAUGGGGGACGAAAAGGACACCUGGAAAGUGAAAACACUCGACGAAAUUCUCCAAGAGAAGAAACGCAGACGGGAGCUGGAGGAGAGUACGGAGCCCAAACGUCUGAAAAAUUGCGUUCCGUGCCCUGUUCCACAGACGGAUGAUCGGGAAGCCAAACGGGACACUCCGGAAGAAGGAGAACUACGGGAUAAAAAAAUGGAAAUAACAAUCCGGAAUUCCCCGUACAUACGGGAAGAUUCCACAGAGGACAGGGGCAGCCUGUUUGUUGAGUCGUUGGCACUAGACAGUCUUCCCAAUUCCAGGGGAGAAGAGGAUGAAUCGCUGGCAAUAAAGCCUCCCCAGCAAAUUACCAGAAAAGACAAAUCUCACCACAGAAAGGAGGAGAAAAGAAAGGACAAGAGACGCCGCCGCAGUCACUCUGCUGAAGGAGCAGCAGGGAAACGCGUUCGGCCCAAAGACAAGGACAGGGAGAGUGAGCGCAGAAAGCGGCAGUGGGAGGAGCAAGACAAGGCCCGGCGAGACUGGGAGAGGCAGAAACGCAGGGAACAGGCCAGAGCACAAUCCCGCAGAGAGAGAGCUCCUGACAGGAUUCCCCCGUCUUCCCCGGACUACAGGGACAGGUUGGAGCAGGUGGAGCGCCAGCGCGAGAGGGACCGCAAGCUCCGCGAGCAGCAGCAGAAGGAGCAGCGUGAGCAGAAGGAGAGGGAGAGAAGGGCAGAGGAGCGCCGGAAAGAGCGCGAGGUGCGCCGAGAAGUUCCGUCCCACCACCGUGCGCUGCCCGAUGAGUACGGUGACAAGCCCAAACAGAGCCACCGCAGUCGCAGCCCUAACCAGGCUCCCCGGGAUAGACUGGAGCAAAACAGCGAGCCACACAGAACUGCGGCAAAGGAUGAGAAGCCUGAGGACAAGGACCUUCUCUCUGACCUCCAGGACAUCAGUGACAGCGAGAGGAAGACCAGUACAGGAGAGUCCUCCUUAGGUUCAGGGUCAGGCUCGGAUGAUGAGGAGAAUGAUGAUGGAUCUAGCAGCGAGGAAGAGGAAUCGGGUUCGGGCUCAGGAGAAUCUGACCAGACUGCAGGUGACGUGAGUGAAGACGAGCGGUCUGAGGAAGAGUUUGAGGAAGAAAGAGAGAACAGCAACCAUAUUGCUCCAGUGCCUGAGUCACGAUUUGACCAUGACACUGAGGAAAGUGGAGAGGAGGAGGAGGAGGAGGAGGAAGCAGGGGAGGGAGACGUCACCCCCCAGUCGGUGUCCCACUCCCACUCAGCCACCCCUGAACCUGAGGAGAACUACAUCCCUGACUCUCCUCCUAUCUCCCCGGUGGAGCUAAAGAAGGAGCUGCCCAAGUACCUGCCAGCUCUACAGGGGUGUCGCAGUGUGGAGGAGUUCCAGUGUCUUAAUCGCAUCGAGGAAGGGACCUACGGUGUGGUGUACAGGGCCAAGGACAAAAAAACAGAUGAGAUUGUAGCCUUGAAGCGUUUGAAGAUGGAGAAGGAGAAAGAAGGUUUCCCCAUCACGUCUCUGAGAGAGAUCAACACCAUUCUGAAGGCCCAGCACCCCAACAUCGUCACUGUCAGGGAAAUCGUUGUUGGAAGCAACAUGGACAAGAUCUACAUUGUUAUGAACUACGUGGAGCACGACCUGAAGAGCUUGAUGGAGACCAUGAAACAGCCUUUCCUGCCAGGCGAAGUGAAGACCCUGAUGAUCCAACUGCUGCGAGGCGUCCGCCAUCUCCACGACAACUGGAUCCUCCACCGCGACCUGAAGACCUCCAACCUGCUGCUCAGCCACAAGGGGAUCCUUAAGGUGGGGGACUUUGGUCUGGCCCGUGAGUAUGGUUCUCCCCUGAAGCCCUACACGCCUGUGGUGGUGACACUGUGGUACCGUUCUCCAGAGCUGCUGCUGGGAGCCAAAGAGUACUCCACAGCUGUGGACAUGUGGUCUGUGGGCUGCAUAUUUGGAGAGCUCCUUACCCAGAAACCUCUCUUCCCUGGAAAAUCUGAAAUCGACCAAAUUAACAAGAUAUUUAAGCACAAUGACCCAACACACCUCCAGGCUGUGUAAGGGCUAUUUGACCAAGAAAGAUAGUGAUGGAGUGCUGCAUCAGAUGACCUGGCCUCCACAAUCACCCAACUUUAAACCAAUUGAGAUAGUUUGUGAUGAGUUGGACCACAGAGUGAAGGUAAACUAGCCAUCAAAAUCAAGUCAUUGUAUUUGUCACAUGCGCCGAAUCACCUUACAGUGAAAUGCUUACUUACAAGCCCUUAACCAACAACAGUUUUAAGAAAAUUAAGUGUUAAAUUAUUUACUAAGAAACUUAAGUAAACAUUUUUACUAAGGAGCAACAAUAAAAUAACAGUAGCGAGGCUAUAUACAGCAACGGUUAGUCGAGGUAAUAUAUAUGCAUGUAGGUAGAGGUUAAGUGACUAUGCAUGGAUAAUAAACAGAGUAGCAGCAGUUUCAAAAAUGUUCAAAUGGGGGGAGGGGACAAGGCAAAUAGUCCGGGUAGCCAUUUGAUUAGCUGUUCAGUCUUAUGGCUUGUUAAGAAGCCUUUUGGACUUAGACUAGCAGAGGGAAAGUCUUGGACUAUGGUUGCUGGGGUCUUUGGCAAUUUUUUGGGACUUUCUCUGACACCUGCUGGGUAUGGAGGUACUGGAUGGCAGGAAGCUUGGCCCCGGUGAUGUACUGGGCAUACGCACUACCCUCCUGUAGUGCCUUGCGGUUGGAGGCCGAGCAGUUGCCGUACCAGGCGGUGAUGCAACCAGUCAUGAUUCGAUAUUGCAGUUGCCAUACCAGGCGGUGAUGCAACCAGUCAUGAUUCGUUGGUGCAGCUGUAUAACUUUUUGAGGAUCUGAGGACCCAUGCCAAAUCUUUUCAGUCUCUUGAGGGGGAAUAGGCAUUGUCGUGCCCUCUUCAUGACUGUCUUGGUGUGUUUGGACCAAUGUAGUUUGUUGGUGAUGUGGACACCAAGGAACUUGAAGCUCUCAACCUGCUCCACUACAGCUCUGUCGAUGAGAAUGGGGGCGUGCUCAGUCCUCCUUUUCUGUAGUCCACAAUCAUCUCUUUUUUUCUUGAUCACGUUGAGGGAGAGAUUGUUGUUGUGCCAGGUCUCUGACCACCUCUCUAUAGGCUGUCUCAUUAUUGUCGGUGAUCAGUCCUACUACUGUUGUGUUGUCGGCAAACUUAAUGAUGGUGUUGGAGUUGUGCUUGGCCAUGCAGUCAUGGGUGAACAGGGAGUACAAGAGGGGACUGAGCACGCACCCCUGAGGGGCCUCUGUGUUGAGGAUCAGCGUGUUGUUACUUACCCUUAUUACCUGGGGGAGGCCCAUCAGGAAUUGCAGCAUCCUGUUGCACAGGGAGGUGUUUAGUCCCAGGGUCCUUAGCUUAGUUAUGAGCUUUGAGGGCACUAUGGUGUUGAACGCUGAGCUGUAGUCAGUCAAUGAAUAGCAUUCUCACAUAGGUGUUCCUUUUAUUCAGGUGUGAAAGGGCAGUGUGGAGUGCAAUAGAGAUGGCAUCUUCUGUGGAUCUGUUGGGGCAGUAUGCAAAUUGGUGUUGCUUGACUCGAAGCUAGCAUUUAAGUUAUUUAGCUCAUCUGAUAGGCUUGUGUCACUGGGCAGCUCGCGGCUGUGCUUCCCUUUGUAGUCCGUAAUAGUUUGCAAGCCCUGCCACAUCCGACGAGCGUCGGAGCUGGUGUGCUCAGCAUAUGUGGGAACUCCUUCGAGACUGUUGGAAAAGGAUUCCAGGUGAAGCUGGUUGAGAGAAUGCCAAUGUGUGCAAAGCUGUCAAGGCAAAGGGUUACUACUUUGAAGAUUAUCAAAUAUAUGUUGAUUUAACUUUUUUGGUGUCUUCAUGAUUCCAUGUGUUCAUAGUUCUGAUGUCUUCACUAUUAUUCUACAAUGUAAACAUUUUUUUAAAAUAAAGAAACUCUUGAAUGAGUAGGUGUGUCCAAACCUUUGACUGGUACUGUACAUCUGCAUACAUUCUUGAUAGCCACCACGUUUUUGUGAGUUUUGCAGUUUUAUGAUCUCCCCACAGUGUUGCAGAGUUAGGAAUAUAAUAUAGUCAGAUUAAAUGGAUUUAAUUUGACGGCACAAUCUAUUUUUCACUGCGGUUCAAUGACCCAGUCUCUUUUAGACAGUGUGACGUAACGGUCUUGUCUGUGGCGCUUGUCUGGCUGGGCUAACCGUAAAACUCAGAUUAAAAGAUGUGGUCUUGACUGUG